AUGUCUGUCGUCGGUCUCGACUUUGGCACACAAAAUGCCGUCAUUGCUGUCGCUAGAAACCGUGGUGUCGAUGUUAUCACAAACGAAGUCUCGAACCGCGCAACUCCUGCACUGGUCGGUUUCGGCCCCAAGUCUCGCUACCUCGGUGAGACCGCAAAGACACAGGAAGUUUCCAACCUCAAGAACACCGUCGGAUCCCUCACCCGUCUCGCUGGCCGAUCGUUGAAGGACCCCGAUGUCGCCAUUGAGCAAGAACACGUCUCAUGCAAGUUGGUCGACAUCAACGGCCAGGUCGGCGCCGAGGUCCAAUACCAGGGCAAGAAGGAGCAGUUCACUGCCACCCAGUUGACUGCCAUGUUCCUCACAAGGGCCAAGCAGACUGCUUCCGCCGAGCUCAAGCUUCCCGUCAACGACAUGGUCAUCGCCGUCCCUGCCUGGUACACCGACGCUCAAAGAAGAGCCAUCAUCGAUGCUGCCGAGAUCUCCGGCCUCAAGAUUCUGCGUCUGAUCAACGAGACCACCGCUACUGCCCUUGGCUGGGGUAUCACCAAGACCGACUUGCCCGGCCCCGAGGAGAAGCCCAGAAGAGUCGCCUUUGUCGACAUUGGUCACAGCAACUACACCGUCUCCAUUGUCGAGUUCCGCAAGGGAGAGCUCAAGGUCAUCUCGACCGCCUACGACCGUCACUUUGGUGGUCGCAACUUCGACAAGGCCAUUGUCGACCACUUUGCCGCCGAAUUCAAGGAGAAGUUCAAGGUUGACAUCAACGAGAACCCCAAGGCCAAGCUCCGUGUUGUUGCCGCUUGCGAGAAGCUGAAGAAGGUCCUUUCUGCCAACGCCGGUGCCCCCAUCAACAUUGAGUCUCUGAUGAACGAUGUUGACGUUCGCGGCUUCCUCAAGAGAGAGGAGCUUGAGGAGAUCAUGAAGCCUCUUCUCGAGCGCAGCACCGCUCCUCUUGAGCAGGCCCUUGCUGAGGCCAAGCUGAAGGCUGAGGACAUUGACUCUAUUGAGCUUGUCGGUGGCUGCACUCGUGUUCCCGCUCUCAAGGCCGCCAUCCAGGACUUCUUCGGCAAGCCCCUGUCUUUCACUCUGAACGCCGACGAGGCCAUCGCCCGUGGUUCCGCUUUCGCCUGUGCCAUUCUCUCCCCCGUUUUCCGUGUCCGCGAUUUCUCUAUCCACGACAUCUGCAACUACCCCAUCGAGUUCACCUGGGAGAAGAGCGCCGAAAUCCCCGACGAGGACACUUCGCUUACCGUCUUCAACCGCGGCAACGUCAUGCCCUCGACCAAGAUCCUUACUUUCUACAGAAAGCAGGCCUUCGACCUCGAGGCCAAGUACGCCAAGCCUGAGAUGCUCCCCGGCAAGAUGAACCCUUGGAUCGGCAGAUUCAGCGUUAAGGGCGUUAAGGCUGAUGAGAAGGACGACUUCAUGAUCUGCAAGCUCAAGGCCAGAUUGAACUUGAACGGUAUCCUGAACGUCGAGUCUGGAUACUACGUCGAGGACAUGGAGGUUGAGGAGCCCAUCGAGGGCGAAGAUGGCAUGGACACUGACAAGGAGCCCAAGACUCGCAAGGUCAAGAAGCAAGUGAAGAAGGGUGAACUCCCUCUGUCCGCCGGUACCGCCUCUCUCGACACACAAGCCAUUGCCGACUUCUCCGAGAAGGAGCACAGCAUGAUCAUGGAGGACAAGCUUGUCGCCGACACCGAGGACAAGAAGAACGAGCUCGAGGCCUACAUCUACGAAAUGCGUGCAAAGAUUGACGAGGAGUACGCCGAGUUCUCCAGCGAGGAGGAGAAGACCAAGCUGAAGGAGAAGCUUGAGGCUAGCGAGGACUGGCUCUACGACGAGGGUGACGAUGCCACCAAGGCCGUCUACCAAUCCAAGAUUGACGAGAUUCGUGCUAUCGGUGGCCCCAUUGCCCAACGCUACCUUGAUAAGUUCGAGGAGGAGCGUCAAGCGGCCCUCAAGGCCCAGGAGGAGGCCGCCGCAAAGAAGCGCGCCGAGCAAGAAGCCAUCCAGCAGGCCCAGCAAGAGCAGGCCGCCGCCGCUGCAGCAGCAGCCAAGAUGGCCGCUCAGCGUGAGGAGCAGGACAAGAAGGAUGCCGAGAUGCAAGACGCAUAG